UGGGCACGUAGCCUGCACGCGCCUCAUUUGAAGUUAAGCGCUACUCCCAGUAUGUCGUCGCUUCCCAAUUCUUCUCAAAACACCACCUCUGCCUCUGACAUGGAGAGUGUGUACAAAUGGGUGGCAUCACUUACAAGUUUAGAAACACGAGAAAGUGCACUGCUUGAAUUAUGCAAAAAACGGGAAUCUGUUCCUGAACUUGCUCCACUGCUUUGGCAUUCAUGUGGUUCCAUCGCUGCUUUGUUACAAGAAAUAUGUGCAAUUUACCCAUACAUCAAUCCACCUAACUUGAGCGCUCAUCAGUCCAAUCGUGUUUGUAAUGCACUGGCGCUUCUACAAUGUUUGGCGUCUCAUCCAGAAACCCGGAAUGAAUUUUUAAAGGCUAACAUACCUUUGUACCUUUACACUUUUUUAAACACAAACAACCGAACACGCCCAUUUGAAUACUUACGGCUAACUAGCCUUGGAGUAAUUGGUGCACUUGUUAAAACUGACGAACCAGAGGUUAUAGCAUUUCUCCUUGGGUCGGAGAUUAUACCCCUUUGCCUAGUUAUUAUGGAAUCAGGAAGUGAACUGAGCAAAACUGUAGCUACUUUUAUAAUGCAGAAACUCCUUUUGGAUGAGGUAGGCUUAGCCUAUAUCUGUCAGACCUAUGAACGUUUCGCACAUGUAGCUACUGUCUUGGAUAAAAUGGUGAUCCAUUUAGCCAGAGAGCAGUCAUUACGUCUUUUAAAACAUGUGAUCCGAUGUUACUUACGUCUUUCAGACGACUCAAGAGCUCGUGAUGCACUUAGAACAUGUCUACCACAACAACUUGUAGAUGGUACAUUCAAUAGUUUACUAGAAAAUGAUGUAGCUACUAGACGAUGGUUGACACAGCUGAUUCGGCAGUUAUCUGUUCGUGCAGUCGGGUCUGCAGUUACUACUAGUACUACUGCUCCGAGUGUCAGUUCGCUUGAUCUUUCUACAUUAAAUACUACAAACAGUUCUCGGAAUGGUUUUCUACCCAGUACAACUGUUUCUCCUUCUGUGACUAGUACAGCACCCUCUGUUAGCGUUUCUGGACCAUCUGUCGUCACAAGUGGAUCAGCAACUACGUCAGGAGUGCAAGCAUCUACCUCAGUGUCUGGACAGCCUUCUUCAAAUGUCGAUCCAGCAACAUCUUCAAGCAGCUGAAAACUACAUAUAGCUGUAUAAAUGAAAUUACGAUAUCUAGUUUUGACAUGUAUAUACAGUGAUUUCUAACUUCAUAGUCAUCCGAUAUACUUAUUCCCUCGUUGUUGGUUAAGCUACAUGUCAUAUAUGCCUUUUACUAACAGUAACGCUUAGCAUUUGUUGAGUCUCUUCUACCUCAAUGCUGAAUAUACUUUUUAACCACACUUAUGCUAACUUGAGCGCUACCGUGUUCUAUACUGAUCAAGUUAUAUAUAUCAAGUAUAUUUUAUGUUUUACAGAAAUAACUGUAAAAA